CCAUCGCGACGCAAGAUUCCCCCGGGAUUACUUCACAUUCUACACCCCGUGGACAGUCAAGAAAAACAGUAUGGGUUCCAGUCAACAAUUCUCUCUUAGGUGGAAUAAUUAUUUAAAACACAUUACUUGUGCUUUUGAUACAUUAAGGACAGAUGAGGAUCUCGUAGAUGUCACCCUGAGCUGCGAAGGCAAAAGGAUUAGGGCACAUAAAAUGCUUUUGUCAGCAUGUAGUACAUACUUUAGAGAUUUAUUUAAGGAAAAUCCGUGCCAGCAUCCCGUCAUAAUAUUUCGUAAUGUAAAAUUUGAUGAUCUGGCUGCCUUGGUAGAUUUUAUGUAUCAAGGCGAAGUAAAUGUUGUUCAGGAACAGUUAGCAAGCUUUCUCACAACAGCAGAACUCUUGGCGGUACAAGGCCUUACAGAUGGCACAGGAAAGGAUAACGAUAGUUUAGUAGAGGAUGACAUAGAAAUUCCUAACGAACCUGAAGUUCAACUGCAGAAUACUUCUGGCAAAUCCACAGGAGAUAGUAAGAGAAACAAAUCACCAUCCUCUCCGAUGCCAUAUCAUGCCAUCGAAUUGCAGCCCGAAGUGCCGCCAAACAAAAGAAGAAAAACUCGAGACAGCACGAACACAAAUACGGAAAAGAAUUCAGCAGGGAAUAAUGCGAAGGAUCCUGAUGGGAAAACGUUGGAAAAUCAGUCUGGCCCGGCCUCGGAUCCGGUCGAAAUAAUUCCCCUCAUGCCGAAUUUAAAAUUGGAGAUGCCCGAAUAUCUGGAACAAGAUGGUAGCAGUUGUAGUUAUGAGGAUCAGAGUAUAGGCGACAACACACUCAAUAAAAUUACAAUAGACGACACAUCGUCGAACACGCCUGAUCACGAACAGAAGCCAGACAUCAGUCAAACGUUUUACUCAAGUCAAUCGACAUCAGACGGUUUGGAUGGCAAACAUCAAGAUGUUGGACACCUGCUUUCUAAACCAAGUACCUCAGGAGAAAGAGUGACGCAGCAGGAAGCAUUACAGGGGGGGGUGGGACGCAAUCGGAAGCACGUUGGCGAUACAACUGGUCAGGUGGUGAUGCAGGGCCCGGGGCGUUUUCCGUGCCGGCUCUGCGGAAACGUUUACAGGCACCUUGCCUCGCUGACCCAGCACCUCGAAGUGCAUCGCAACCAGACUACCUGCAUCGUCUGCCACACCACUCUCAGUCGUAGAACCGACCUGCGGCGUCACAUGCGUCUGAAACACCAAAUACCUUUGCAAAAAACGAUCCACAGGCAGCGCAGCCCGAAAAGCGAAUUGGAUUCGUAGAUAAUCGCGCGUCGCACACUCUCGCGAGAGAGGGAUGACAGAUGUCCAUCGACCUGGCGAGUUUUUUGCCAGAUAUUGGCUCCGCGUUUGCUUAUGCGAGAUCUCUCCCUGUGUCGAUCGCGGCGGUGCCCCUCGUCACCUUAAUACUACGCGUUCGAAUUUCUCUCUUCCAUGUUUUUAUAAUCUAAUAACUUGAACUUAAUUUCGCUUCGCAAGAUAUUUCGCGCGAGAUUCUAAUUUCAAGAUAUUAAUUUGUAUAAAAAGUAGCAGAGAAAUAAGUGCUUGUAUUUUUCAAUUACAAACUGAUGUGUUUCGAAUUAAUUCUUCUGGAAAAAAAAGCAUUGCAGGUUGCGCCUAUUUGAUGAUAGUGUUAAGAUGACGAUCGUCCGAGCCAUUUAUCAUUUUUUCAAACGAAGAGAUGUAAGAACGAGGCUCUCGCAAUGAAAAACUUAUGUGCACCUUUUCUUACUAGUUUCUUCUCGAUAAUAAUUAAUGCGUGUAUAUUUGACACAUCGGAGAAAAUACGCUCUCCUCAGGAAAUACAUCAAUUGAAAAUUUGAAACAAAUAUUACUGUUGUGCUAAAAUCGUGUCGUAAAGAAAUUAUUGUCAAAUCUGAUGGAACAAACAUAGCGCGAGACAUUGAUCUUGCAUGCCACAUUUUUUCUUCCCAAACAAAUAAAAUAUAUACAGCAUUUUUUUACGUAUAUAAUUUUACAUUGUUCUCAGACUAAAUUCGAUUGUUGUUAUACGAGAGCAGAUUGAUUCAAUAAGAGUAACAAUGUAAUUAUCUAAACAUGAAUAUAAUUUAUUCAAAGAUCUCUAAGUCUGGCUAAUACGAUAGAUUUCUACUGAAGUAUUAAAUAUUUAUAUAAUCGUAAAAUAUAUAUAUUAUGCAUCUUUGUUGAUGACGCAUUUAGAUACGUUGAAAUCCGUAGAAUCGUCAGCGAUUCGCAGAUUUGUUACAUUUAACGAGUAUAAAAGCGGUGGGUGAAUGAAAUCGGAGAGCGAACCAGAAUAAAAAAUUCAUGUCCUAAAAUAGAUACAAUGAGAUAUUAAGAUAAAAUGUAUUUUUCGGCGAUCGAAGUGAUAGAGCUGAUUUAUAACGAGUAAAAAUAAUUACACGUGCGAUUCGUGUAUAUAUAUUUAUAAUCCGAUUUAAUUUAAAGUUCAUCGAUUCCGUUCACUUGCCGUGGUGAAACUAGACAGAAUGUAUUUGACGUAGGUAGCAAUGAAGAAAUUUUGUCUUCGCAGAGAGAAAGAAAACACGGCUCUAGAAUAUACAUAUAUUGCUAUAUAUUUCAGAUACACUCUGUAAUUACUAAUUUACCGAAAGGUAGCGAAUAGAUGCGCUUUGAUGUUUGUUUUUGCGAGAGAGACGAUCGGGACGGAGUUGACGUUUUCGUGUUUUAUUCUUUUGAUAAUAAUAAUUAUCAGCACACGGUCCACUUGGUCCGUUUCCGCAAGAAAAAAAAAGAAAAAAAAAUUGAUGUGUCUAGCUUUGCCGCGUACGCGCAUAUUUAUCUUCGCUAAGUGUGCAAUUAACGCAGUUAGCGAUUGUGUUACAUUAGCGGAUUACGCUUUAGGCGUGUUAACGAGAAUUAAGUGAUACGUAUUUAAGGAUCUGAGUGUCGUAUACGUCACCGAUGAACGGAGGUGGCUCUAUUGCGAAGCCAGGAUUUCGUACACGUUACAGGAUCUUCCCUCCAGCGCAAAAUGCAACGAUCUAAAAAAGACCAUAGCGAAUCCUCAUAUAGGGCAGAUUUUAUAUAAAAGGAUCUUCUCCGAGGCUUUUUAUGCUGAAUAAACUUCGCGUAAAAAAAUCCUCGCGCUUGUAAGGAUUUCUUCGAUACAGCGAAAAGUUUCGUGUAGAGCCUGGCUAGUUUUGUAGAGUCACCUCUCUCCUCCGGAUUAAUGAGAAUCGGCGGUCUUAAAAGAUUCUAGUCAUUAUUGUACGAGACAUUAGACUAUCGAGAUCUCUAUCGCUCGUUUACACAGGACUCUAUAACAAAUCGAAGUUAUUUUUUGAUACUCCUCGAUGCACCCGGAAGCUCUCUCUCUCUCUCUCUCUCUAUUUCUUGCGGCUGCUAUGUCCUCGCAGGACAUUGCUCCGUAAACGUUAAUAAUAAUCCUCGUUCCGCAGCCACGACCCCUGACACGUUACACGGACUAUGUUUACACGUUUAUCUAUAUAUGCCAUGUGCCGAAAUUUCUUUGCGAACGAUUCUUGGGCUCGGUGUAAGCUUAGAAAGGUUUAUUCGAUCGCGACGACAUUCUCAUUAUCUCCAAAUGGAUUCCAUCGUUUUAGUCAUUCUAAUUUAUGCAAAGCAGUUACGCAACCACUUCCUUUAUAAUUAAAAAGAAAUAAUUAUAAAGACAAGAUUUUCUGAUAAAAAAUAAUACUGAAGUACGAGAUAUAGUACAGCUCUCGAUAGUGAAGCUUUUAAGUAUACAUCGAGCCUCUCAGCUUUAGCUGUCAAGACAGCGCAUAGACAGUGCCUUACAUACAAAUACCUGAUUUUACAGUUUACGUAUUGACUUCUUCAGAUAUUUACCAUAGACAAGAAUAUAUCUAGCGAUGCGGAGCAUCCGGAAAGUAGCUGUUAAUUUUGUUAUCGACCUCGUGUAAACAUUGUCUCUGUAUGAAAGUGCGGAAGCAGCGUUUUUCUAUAUCAGUAUCGUAAAGAAUUUUAUAUUUUAAUUUUAUGUUUAAGCAAAAACCAAUCAAGUGUUGAAGAUAUUAAUAUUUAUCAAACUCGUUAUAUAUUAUUU